ACUAGGAAGGGAGAUAACUCUAAAUGUUUAUAAGAGAAAACACGUGAAAAUCGUAUUAACUGUAAAUAUUCUCUAAUUCGUUUUUUUAAGUCGGGGUCAAAGUAUUUACUAGGUUGUUGGACCAGUUGUGAGAGUCAGGAUCGAAGAAUGCCGGUGACGACAGGAGACUCACAGGGAAUGGAGAUGUCGUUUUCAGAUUUUGUCGAGCUUCACAAACCACAACUGUUGGGGUCAGCAAUUCCUGAGAGGUUCUGGAACACUUUGUUUGAAAAGCUCAAAGAUGAGGUGUAUGAUGCAGGAGACAGCUUCCAGAUCAUCUGUGAGCAGUACGCCACUGAGGACGCUGACAAUGAUGGUGGAGAAGAUCAUGGAUGGAAGAUUAUUGCAUACACGGAAGACGGUAUUUCUCACACAGAUGAAAAAAACAUCUUCCUGAUCGACCAUGCGUGGACGUUCCGUGUAAGUGACGCGAGGCAGUACCUGGAGGAGGUGGCGGGGUUGUUGGAGCGGAUGACGGGGCUGAUGGAGGUGGCCACAGCAGGGAAGUCGCGCGAGGAGCAGAUUGAGGCCGUUCUCUGCACCAUGUGGAAGUUCACACAGACGUACAGCUUUGGGCAUUUAUCAGAGGGCUCGGAGGACUCCAUGCCGAUCUGGUAUAUAAUGGACGAGUUCGGCUCCCGCAUCCAGCACUCAAACGAACCCUCGUUCAGAACAGUGCCGUUCUACUUCCUGCCCAGACAGAUGGCCUUCAACAUCAUGUGGCCUCUGAGGGAUCUGGAGCAUGGAGAGGAGGUGACCAGAGACUAUCUCCCGAACGUCUCAGACCCUCUGGUGCGACGAGCUCGACUCACCCCAUGGAUAGAUGACAAUCUGACCGACGUGAGCUGUGAGCAGACAGAGCCGGACAUGUCCUACUUCCAGGCUUACCGACAGAAUGAAAGUUUGCCGGAUCUGGAUGUGGAGUUCCCGCCCGUGUCCCAUGACAGGAUCCUGAAGGUGUACAUGGACUAUGGCAAAAUGUUGAAGGACCAUCUCACUGACCCGCGCUUCCAGCUGGUGGACGACAUCACACGGGCAGACGUCAUCUGGACACACCGACAUUAUAAGGACUUCAAGGAACUAAGUGAAGAAUUUCCAGAAAAGUUUGUGAACCAGUUCCCAUUUGAGAUGACUGUGACAAUCAAAGACCUCCUUGCCAUUGUCUCACGACGUGCAGCCAAGAAAGGACAAUCCCAGAAUGCAUCACAACCAAGUCCAAAAUGGCUGCCGGUCACCUACAACCUGAGGACAGAGCUGCCGAUGUUUGUGUCCUACUUCCAGCAGAGGGAAGCUCAGGGACUCGAUAACACGUUCAUCUGUAAACCAUGGAACCUGGCACGUGGGCUCGGUAUGGACAUCACCGACAACCUGGACCACAUCGUCAAACUUCCAGACACUGGACCCAAGGUGGUGUGUAAGUACAUCGAGGACCCGGUGUUGUUUUCUCGUGAUGAUGUGGGGCUGGUCAAGUAUGACAUCCGGUACAUUGUACUGCUGUCCAGCGUCAAGCCGCUCAAACUGUUUGCCUACAAUGUGUUCUGGCUCCGGUUCGCCAACAAGCCCUACUCCCUCGACCACUUCGAUGACUACGACAAACACUUCACCGUCAUGAACUACCGGGAGGAGUCCCCGCUCAAACAGAUUCACUACGAUGAGUACAUCAAGAUGUUUGAGAAGCAGUACCCUGACUUCAGCUGGGCCGAUGUGGAGAAAGAUAUCUUCACCAUGUUCCGGGAGCUGUUUGAGGCUGCCACCGCCCUGCCCCCACCCCAGGGCAUCUGCCCCUCCCCCCAGUCCCGGGCCAUGUAUGCUAUUGACCUCAUGCUCAAGUGGGACAAGAACGAAAAAGGCGAGCGGUACAUGCAGCCCCAGAUCUGUGAGGUGAACUUCAGCCCCGACUGUAACCGAGCCUGUCAGUAUCACCCCUUCUUCAUCAACGACGUCAUGAGCGUGCUCCUCUUUGACGACACAGUUGACAAACACGUCACCCUUGUGUCAUGAUGGCAGCCAUUGUGUCUUAUUGUAAAACUAGCAACACUCAUCGGAGAAGAGACUGUGAGAGGGUGAAGACUUCAUCUUAAGGGGAUUGAACAAGAUCAAAUCGUUGUUUGACUGUUUAACUCAAACUCUUCAGAAAUACUUUGGUCAUGUGAUUCCCCAGCUAUUCUUGGAUGGACAUUGUAUUUCCUGAGGUGUUUGCUGAAAGAGUUGAGAUAGCCUAUCUCAUAACACAUCCCAUGUAAAGGGGUGCUAGAGACUCGAGUGUUCUGGUGAAUAUUUGUACCAAGAUAUGUUUCUGUGGUACAUUCUUGUAGUAUGUGUGCAGACAAUGACCCCAAGGGCCCAAGUUUCUCCUUGUUGACAUCAGGACGAAUUAUCUACAUCCUGUUAUGAUUAUCAUCUGGACCAAUUUGUUAGCAUAGCUGUGUCUGGGUAGUGAUCGUAUCCGUCUCCAACUUUCUUUUCAUACUAGCUUAAUAAGCGUGCAUUUAAGGGAAUGGCUGUUUGGGGCCAAAUGUCAAUUUUUUCGUAAACCUCGACUAUGCUUGUCGUAAGAUGUGGCAAACGGGAUCGGGUGGUCAGACUCACUGACUUGGUUGGUACAUGUCAUCGCAUCCAAAUUGCAUGGAUCAAUGCUCAUGAUAUCAAUCACUGGAUUGUUUGGUCCAGACUUGAUUAUUUACAGACAGCCGUCAUAUAGCUGGAAUGUUGCUGAGUGCUGCGUUAACACCUAACAGCUGAAAAGUUAUCACAUCAGACAGAAUAAGGGUUUACCUUUUACGUAUAUAUUCAUAACAUGUAUAACAAUUCCACGCCACUCAGGGUAUGGUUAGUGGGAAGACAUAACAAUGCAUGGUUACAUGUUAGGCUGCUACAUGUUUAUCUACCACUCCUCAUCAAUCGAGUGGUCAAUGGUCAAAAACACAGUGGGCAAAAUAAAGUAUACACCCAUGUUUGAUGGUGGCUAAAAAUGAAACUAACAAAAAAUGGUUUUUCGAUGAUGGUAUAUUUUAUAGAUGUAUCAUAGUUAUGUUUUGGACCUUAAGUUUGCAGUGUUUUGGGGACUGUAACGUUAUGUUAACGUUUGUUAUCUGGGUCAAAUCCAAUUUUCAGGUGUAUAUAUAUUAUUUUUCCUAGCAGUUUAUUUGGUGCCUGUAUCUUUUCAUUCGGUAAUUGCACUAUUGCUCUAUUUGUAUUCCAUCCAGGAAAAUCCAUAUGGGCUUAUGUGUUAGUGAAUGAGAAAUAAAGCACUGGCAAUUGA